AAUCCGAAAUGGAGGAAAUGUCGGAAAACGUGGCGACGCUGGAGAAGGCGCUGGACCGGUUUCAGGACUUCUUGCAAACUCCCUACUGCAGCAAUAGCUUGAGGAAGGAGCUCUCCGGUCUUCAAAAUACCUUCCUGGUGCCACCGGUUUCAGAUGUCCAAGCCGCAGUCGCCAAAAUCCUGGACACUUUGCUGAACUGGGUGGACGCAACGGAAGGUCUCCUUCGAGACGUGGGUCUGGAUGUAUCCGACUCUGAAAAAGGAAUGCCCUCUUACAUGAAGCAGCUGCGGGACCUCCAUUGUAACACUAUGGGCCAACUUCAGACAUUACAGGUAAAAAAAUAA